AGAAGGAAAAAAGAAGAAGAAGAAGAAGAAGAAGAAGAAGAAGAGAAAGAAAUCUUUCUUCUCUUUCUCUCUCUCACAUAUACACACACACGUACACACACACACACACACACACACACAAGUACACAUAGACACUUUUUAUCAUCUCUUUCGUUUGUGAUAAUCUUCGAUGAAAAACAUGUGUUCGUUUUGUAUAUCGGUGAUCCUGAAAGGGAUUCGUUCAUUACGAAACUCGAUUCUCGUAGAGGAGGUCCUCCGUGUCCUCUCUUGAGAUUUCCCGCGCGAUGUACGACACCGUACGUAUCGAGGGACCAAUAAAGUGUUGCCAGAUCGCGUGUUCUCUUCUCGGGAUCGUGCGACGAUUGGUGAAGUCUAUUCGUGACACAAUGUUGGAAUUCUUUACGCCAGUGCCAGGUUCAUUGAAUCGGCAGCCCGAACCGGGACAGCCCGUACCUGCCGGUCCAUCGCUUCCAUUUCGUUCAACGGGGGACAACAAUAACGCCGAAUCUUCGGUUUCCGUCAAAACGGAAUCCGGGCUACUGGAAACGAUCUGUGCUGGAUGCGGGCGUACGAUCACGGAUAAGUACGUGAUGAGAGUAAUGGAAAGAAACUAUCACGAGGAGUGCCUCUCCUGUGCGGCAUGUGCCGCACCGUUGUCGCAAUCCUGUUUCAUACGUGACCUCAAGUUUUACUGUCGAUCCGAUUACGAGAGGAUCUUUAGCGUUAAGUGCGCCCGAUGCAUGGAGAGGAUCAGCUGCAGCGAGAUGGUCAUGAGAGUUGCCGGCUUGAUCUUCCACAUGGAAUGUUUUGCCUGCUGCAUGUGCGGCCAACCGUUACAAAGAGGCGCUCAUUAUAUUUUGCGUCAGGGACAACCGAUCUGCAUUCAGGACUUGGAACACGAGCUUUACAUGAAAAGUCCACAAGAUGACGAUUUAUUGGAUGAAAAUCGACCACGUGAUGGUCGAAGAGGACCUAAACGGCCACGGACCAUUCUCACGUCGGCUCAAAGGCGACAAUUCAAAGCGUCCUUUGAAGUUUCGCCAAAGCCUUGCAGGAAGGUUAGAGAGGCCUUGGCAAAGGACACGGGUCUCAGCGUUCGCGUCGUUCAAGUAUGGUUUCAAAAUCAAAGGGCGAAAAUGAAGAAGCUUCAGAGGAAAGCGAAAACAGAACCUGGAUCAGACAAAGAGCCUAAGGAAGAAAGAAGGACGGAAAGUCCUCACAGCGAUCACAGUCAUUACUUGAACGCCAUAAAUAUGCGUGAUGGUGAAUCUUCCAACUUUCCAUCGGCCACACAACCACUUAACCCGAAUCACCCCUUCUCACCGGACGAUGGUUAUCCAGCCAAUUCCGGUGACAGUUUCUGUAGUACCGAUGAAUCACUGGACGGUGUCGUUGGCUUUGAAAUUGGCGAGAAUGAGAGCGGUGGUGCCGAUGGAAGUCAUCAGGGUGGUUCUCACUCUCAUCAUGGUUCUUCCUCUCACGAAGCACCCUCGUUGUCACAGGGUUUACAUGCGGCUAUACACAAUCCAAUUGACAAACUGUUCAUGAUGCAGAAUAGUUAUUUCAGUGGUGAUCACGCGUAAUCUAAGUUUUUUCGUGUUGUAUAUUAUUUUUUUCCCCCCUCUCUCUCUCUCUCUCUCUCUUUUCUUUUCUCUCUCUCUCUCUCUCUCUCUUUCUCUGUCUUUCUCUCUCUCUCUCUCUCUCUCUCUGUCUUUCUUCCUUUCUUUCUCUUUCUCUCUCAUCGUCUCUCUUUCUCUCUCUCUCUCUCUUUCAUUUUUUCUCUCAUUAACUUGAACGAAAUAAAAAAAGUUUCAAGAAAAUGGAAACAAGAAAGUUUCGCAGCUUGUAUACAUAUAUAUAGAGAAAGAGAGAGAAAGAGAGAGUGAGAGAGAGAGAGAGAGAGAGAGAGAGAGAGAGAGAUUCGUUUCAUUGGCGUGCAUAAAUGGGACGAAAGGGUAUAUAAAUAAAUAAAUAAAUAAAUAAAUUAAAUAAAUAAAUGAAUAAGUAUUAUAAGAAGAGUAUAAAGUGUGUAA